AUGGGAGUGCUGAAAUUCAAGCAUAUCCUUUUUGGAAGUGCUGUUGAGUUUAAUAGAGCAUUCCAAAUACUGUAUAUCUUCCUUCUGAUUCCAUGUUGCUUGACUGCGGAUUUCAGAGCACCUCCUAUUAUCCCAAAUGUGCCCUUUGUCUGGGCCUGGAAUGCCCCAACUGAACUUUGUCUUGGAAAGUCUGGUGAACCACUAGACACGAGCCUGUUCUCUUUAUUUGGAAGUCCUUCAAAAGACAAGACAGGACAAGGCAUUACAAUAUUCUAUGUUGAUAGACUUGGCUACUACCCUCAUAUAGAUUUGAAAAACGUAAGUGUGCAUGGAGGAAUUCCCCAACUGGGGCCCUUACAACAGCAUUUGGACAAAGCUAAGAAAGACAUUUUAUAUUAUAUGCCAACAGACAAUGUAGGUUUGGCGGUCAUUGACUGGGAAGAGUGGCGGCCCACCUGGGUAAGAAACUGGAAGCCUAAGGAUAUUUACAAGAAUAAGUCUAUUGAGUUGGUUCAGCAACAAAAUCCACAAAUUAAUCUUACAGAAGCUACCAAGCUAGCCAAAAUAGAAUUUGAAAAAGCAGGAAAAUGUUUCAUGCAAGAGACUUUAAAGUUGGGAAGAAUAUUUCGGCCAAAUCACUUCUGGGGUUAUUAUCUUUUUCCUGAUUGUUACAACCAUAACUAUGAUAAACCCAACUAUAAAGGGAUCUGUUUUGAUAUAGAAAAGAAGAGAAAUGAUGAUCUCGACUGGUUGUGGAAGGAAAGCACUGCCCUUUUCCCAUCCGUUUAUUUGAAGAGCAGCUUACAGUCUUCUCCAAAAGCUGCACUGUUUGUCCGUAAUCGUGUACAGGAAGCUAUUAGGGUUUCUGAAGUAGCUAAUGCUAAAAGACCACUUCCAAUUUUUGUGUAUACUCGACUAGUUUUUACUGAUAAAAUAUUUCAGUUCCUUUCUCAGGAUGACCUUGUGAAUACAAUUGGUGAAAUUGUUGCUCUGGGGGCCUCUGGAGUUGUAAUAUGGGGAAGCCAUACUUUAGCACGAAGUAUGAAAUCUUGCCUGAACCUAGAUGAUUAUAUGAAGAAUACACUGAAUCCUUAUUUAAUCAAUGUUACCCUAGCAGCCAAAAUGUGUAACCAAGUGCUUUGCCAGGAACAAGGAGUGUGUACAAGGAAACACUGGGAUUCAAAUGACUAUCUUCACCUGAACCCAGGGAAUUUUGCUAUUCAAAUUGGGAACAAUGGAACGUACAGAAUAGAUGGAAAACCCACACUUAAAGACCUGGAGCAAUUUUCCAAAAAUUUUCAUUGCAGCUGUUAUACCAACUUGAAUUGUAAAGAGAGAACUGAUAUGAACGAUGUUCAAGCAGUUAACGUAUGUGCUGUUGAAAAUGUUUGUAUAGACACCAGUCUAGGCCCAGGUGCCGUUACUUAUGCUGCCAAAGAGAAAAAGGAUGUUGCUCACAUUCUAAGCAAUAUUACAUCUAUCAAAUCGUCUACCACCAUGUCUCUACCUUUUCCUAGGAAACAUGUCAGUGGGUGCCUCUUAGUUCUAUGUAUGUAUUCACAGUAUUUGAAAUAUUUGAUAGAGGCUUGUGGCAAUUAA